GAGCCGCCCUUGAAGCGCAAGGCUGUCCAAGGGGCCGCGAGAGCGGCGUCGAGGGCAGCGCCUCGAAGAGCUGGGGCGCCUCGCCCGCCGCGUCUUUCUGCGCGGCCGAUGCGGCGGGAAGCCAGACGGCAGCGCCGGCCCAUGACGCGGAGCUCAAGGGCCACGUGAUAGCGGGGCCCCCACCCGUCAAGGCGGCCUCCGAGCCGCUCGGGAAAGCGGCCGCGGGCCCCAGGUCCAAGAGCUCAGGGACGGAGGCCUUCCGCGGGCCUGCCUCGGAGAAGAGCUCUCAGCAGAAGGGCGCCGCCACGCAGGAGGACGACUUCGACGACCACGUGGAGCUCACGGAGGUGGAGAGCAUGCUGAAGGAUCACGAGCGGCUCGUGGCCACGCUCAAGCGUCGGGCGGACGACGCGCUGGGGCCCGCGGGCGCAGCCAGCGACAGCAAGAGGCAGGAGAUGAUGCAGACGAGCGUCGCAACUCUCCUGCGGGCGUCGGCUCUCUUGCAGCAAGCUGCGGGCGGGAUCGCUCCGGCGCAAAGCCAGCCCCCACCUGCUGCCGCAGAGGCCGCCGCGCAGACCACGCCGAGGGGCGACGCGCCUGGGGGCUCAGGUGCCGCCUGCUCCGCAGGCCUGGAGCACACCGCUGGCGCUGCGGCAGCUGCCGCGCCUGCCACUCCCCAAGGGGCGGGGCCUUUGGCUCGCGCUUUCGCACAGGAGGUCGGCGUGGGCGUGGGCGCCGCCGCGGAGAGCGAUAGCACGAACCUGGUCCUCGAGCUCGCCCAGAAGGCGUCGGAGAGGGAGAACGCGCCGCUCACGCUCUGCCAGCUGCUUCCCGCGGCGCCGCUGGCCGAGCUCGACGCGCCGAACGUGGUCGAGGCCAGGGCCGACCUGAACGUCGUGGACAGGCGCGGGGCCACUCCGCUCCACAAAGCUGCGGCCACUGCGGCGUUAAGCCAGGUGCGCAUGCUGCUGUCUCUCGGCGCAGACCCGAACGCGAGGAACAACGAGGGCACCACGCCGUGGGACUGCACUUGGAACAACAGGCGCGUGCGCAACGUGUUCGACGACUUGCUGGCGUCCAGCGGCUCGGGCACCACGGGGGCGCGGCGCUUGCGCGAGGAGAGGGCGCCCCCCGAGCGGAGGGGCAAGGGCGACAGCAAGGGCAAGGGCGCGAAGUGA